AUGGAUCCUAGUUUAGCCGUUGUUUUGGAAAACAUGUCUAGGGAACUUAAGGAAAUUAAGGCUAAGGUAGACAAAUGUGAGUAUUGUCGAGGGGGUCAUGAUACGAGUACGUGUCCAUUGCUAGUUGGUGAGGAGCAAGUUGAUUUCGUAGAAGGAGGUUUCGGUAGAGGUCAAUCUAGCGGGUUUGCUCAAAAUCCAAAUAGGGGUCUAGGUUCACUCUUUGGUGGGGGUUCAAAUGGGCAGGUCAAAGAAGGGGGGUCAAGUAGUCAGGUUCAAACAGGCCAGGGUUCAAGUUAUGAUCUAGGGGGUAGUCUAGAAAGAAUGGAAGCAAUGAUGAGUCAAUUAAUUGUUAAGGACCAAACCACCCAAAAGAAACUUAGCGAACAUGACCUUAUGCUUAAGAACCACCAAGCUACUUUCCAAGACCUUCAAAGGGUUGUAGGUGAUAUGUCUAGGAAGUUAGAGGAGAGAUUACCCGAUCAUUUUGCGGGUAACACCCAACCUAACCCGAAUGCUCAUGUAAAGGCCAUUACUACUCGUAGUGGCAAAACAAUAGGGGACCCUAGUGUUGAGGAGAGAGUAGUUGAGGAAGAUGAAGAGAUUGUAGAUGAAGAGAUUGAGGUGGAGGCUCCCGGAAAAGUGCAAUCGAGGCUGCGCCCAGCAAGUACCGCACAGCCAGGUGAGUCUCAAGGUGAGAAGAGAGUAGAGAAACCUCCCGUAGUUGUUAGGCCUUCGCCUCUAGUAGACCUUUCGCGUGUCCCGUUUCCUUCACGUCUUAGGAACCAAAAAUACUCUAAUGAAUAUGGGCACUUCUUAGAUAUUUUCAAGCAGUUGAAGAUUAAUCUUCCUUUUAUCGAGGCACUCCAGUCCAUGCCUAAAUAUGCGAAAUUUUUAAAGGACCUUCUUAGGAAUAAGGAGAAGUUAGGGGAGUUGUCGAAUGUCCCAUUGCAUGGAGGGUGUUCGGCCGUUGUCUCAAAUAAGCUUCCCGAAAAGCUUACCGAUCCCGGUAUUUUCACUAUUCCUUGUCUUUUCGGUAGUAACACCAAUACUAAAGCUUUAGCCGACCUAGGUGCUAGCAUCAAUUUGAUGCCCUUUCCUCUUUACGAGAAGCUAGACUUAGGCGAGCUUUCACCUACCCGAAUGACAUUAUCCUUAGCUGAUAGGUCUGUGAAACACCCGAGGGGCAUAGUUGAGAAUUUGCUUGUUAAAGUUGACAAGUUUAUUUUUCCGGCCGAUUUCGUCAUUCUCGACAUGGAAGCCGAUGAAAACGUACCGUUAAUUUUAGGACGCCCGUUCUUGAACACUGCUAAAGCUCCCAUAGAUGUCUUUUUAGGCACCAUCACACUUAGAGCGGGCGAGGAAUCAAUAGUUUUUAAGGUUAUGAAUUCGAGAGGGCCUAGUGAUAGAGUGCAGGUGGUAUCGUUAGUGGGUGAGUAUGAGAAGGACGAGAGAUAUGAGGAGAAGGUGAUGAGUGAUCCGAGUCUAGAGAAGGUGAUAGGACUCAAGUGUGGGGAUCCACCGGAUAGGAAAGUAGAGGAAUUAGAGGAGAGAAUGGUGCAUUUAGAAUCUAAGAUAGAGACGCUGAGCAAAGCUCGGUGUGGGGAUAGUAUUCGAUAUGGAGAGUAUAGAUUCAAACCGCCAGGUGAGGAGUUGAGAGGUGGUGAGAGAGAUAAGAGUGUUUGGGGUGAUUUAGGAAAUGAUAGGUAUAAUGGUGCUACAGCCCGUGAGUGUGUGUUUGGAGGUGAGCUGCAUCUCUAUGAUCCUCCAUAA